AUGACCCAACAUAUCCGAUCAGAUUGUGGGAUGGUCGAGUGCAAAGAGCCGACCAUUAUCUUUGAGGACAAUGCGGCUUGCAUUGCUCAGCUCAAAGAUGGUUAUAUCAAAGGGGAUAAGACAAAACAUAUUUUGCCUAAGUUCUUCUUUACCCACGAUUUGCAAAAGACCGGAGAGGUCAAAGUGAUCCAAGUACGGUCUAGUUAUAACUCGGCCGAUUUAUUCACUAAGGCACUUUCGACCUGUACAUUCAGGAAGCUCACGCAUCAGAUUGGGAUGCGUGGGCUGAUGUGUGGGCUGAAAGACCUCCACAGAGAUUCUCAUCAGGGGGAGUAG